AUGAGUGCUGUGGUAUCGAUCACCGUUAACUUUGAAGAGAAACGACCGAUAGCGAUGGGAGUCGUGACUUGUGGAACCGGUGUUGGUUGUGCCUGCUUGAGCACAUUGAUGCCAAUGGUUAUCUCAAGGAUGGGUUGGAAACACAGCAUGUAUAUACUGGCGACAAUCGCCUUCACAACUGUCAUCUACAGUGUGCUAUUAAGGUCGAAGGCAAGACAGGCGAGCAUUCGACCGUCCCUCAAUCUCCCAGUCAUAAUGCCACAAAUGAUGACCUUGGAUUCCAAUCUCGCUGAGGCGCCAAAAAUGCCGUCCCAAAUCAUGAGUUCAACUUUUGCGUUCUACUCAACAUGGGACGUAGAACAAGCUAAAAAACACAUGUACCUUACAAGUUUCCUCGGAAAUAUCGGCUCAUUUGUCUAUUUGGAAGGACUUGAUAACUUCUUAAAAUCAAGAUCAAAGGCAAACAAAGAACCGUUGCACCUUUUGAAGAAUUUCCAAUUUAUCAUUCUGUUCCUUGCAUCUUUCUUUUUCGCGUUUACUUUCAUGACACCAAUAGUGUACUUGUUUGAUCGAUUACGACAAAACGGUAUUUCGGAUGCGAAUAUCUCACUCAUCCUAUCCGCAUAUGGAGUGUUCGGUGCGAUUGCACGACUGUCAAUGGGAAUUAUAUCAUCAUUCAGCUGGUGUAAGAAGCACAUCUUUCUGUUUUUCUGGAUAAUUAUUUCGUCCGUUUCGAACAUUGCUUCAAACUACAUGACGACUACAUGGGAUUUUGCACUAUUUUCUUGCACGCUGGCAACUGCUCAAGGUGCCUUCAUUGUGCUCCAGCCAUUGGUGUUAGCCGAAAUCGUGCUCCCGGAAGACCUUACCGAUGCACUCGGAUUAAUGCUACUUGCUUCUGGAGCAGGCUAUCUGAUGGGAACUCCUAUGAUGGCCUUGGUGUUUGACUGCUGGAAAAAAUAUGAAGCCUGUUAUUUAACGUGUGGAGUGAUUUUGGCCUUUACAGCAUUACUUACCACGACAAUAGUCAUUGCAUACAUCAGACAAGUCCUCAUGGAAAAGUAUGAACGCCGACUAAAAAUGAGGCUUGCAAAUGAGAUGUCCAACUGGAUACGUCGGGAAUCUAGUAGUUCGCAGGAAUGA